AUGGAAGCAACAAUAAAUACACAAAGUGAUUAUACAUUUAAAAUUUUAAUUAUAGGAGAAUCAGGAGUUGGAAAAACAGCAAUAUUAGAAAGAUAUUGUGAAAAUAUAUUUAAUGAAUCAUUAUUAUCAACUGUUGGAGUAGAUUUUAAAUCAAAAUAUUUUACAAUAGAAGGAAAAAAAAUUAAAGUACAACUUUGGGAUACUGCUGGACAAGAAAAAUUUAGAAAUAUCACUACAUCAUAUUAUCGUGGAACACAUGGAUGUAUUAUAACAUAUGAUGUUACAGAUUUAAAUAGUUUUGAAAAAAUAACAUAUUGGUUACAUGAAUUAGGAAAUGAAAAAUAUCAACCAGAAAUUAUUAUUUUAGGAAAUAAAAUAGAUGCAAAAGAUAAAAAAGUUACAAAAGAAAUGGUAGAAAAUUUUAGUAGACAAAAUGGAGGAAUAAAAGUAUUUAAUUGUAGUGCAAAAACAGGAGAAGGAGUUGAAGAAGUAUUUACAGAAAUAGUUAAUUCAAUAAUUAAAAAUAAAAAUAUAAUGGGAAGAAUGAGAACAAAUACAGGAAUAAUGAUGGAAGAAGUAAAAGAGAAUCAGAAAGAAAAAGAAUGUUGCUAA